AUGUCCGAUUCCCCCUUCCUCCCGACUGAGAAUACACCCUUGCUUGUUGACAAUAAUGCUACUGCGUCUAGUUCUAUACCAACUGGACAGUCCUCAUCGUCGUCUUUAACAGCUAUCUCAAAUUUUCCGGAUGUGGAAACUGUUACCCAAGACUCUGGCGCCAUUAAGUUGGACUUUAAGCUUUUUAAGUCCCUGUUGUGGGACUCUAUCCCAGUAAUUCUUUCCUACAUCUUGCAAAAUUCCAUUCAAACCGCAUCUAUUGUGAUCGUGGGUCGCCUGGGGCCAAAUGAAUUAUCGGUCGCGGCAUUUUCCUUGAUGCUCGCCUUUGUCACUGGUUGGUGUGUGGCACUCGGUGGGACUACGGCACUCGAUACUCUUGGCUCCCAGUCGUUUACAGGCGGUAGCAACAAAACCGAUCUAUCGAUACAUUUCCAAAGAUGUGUUAUCAUCCUCUGGAUCUUGCUUAUUCCUGUUUGUUUCUUAUGGGCGUUUAUCGAGCCUGUAUUAGUCGCAUUUGGACAGCCGGAUCAUCUCUGUCGAGAUGUCCAGCAAUUUUUGCGCAUUCUGAUGCUCGGGGCACCUGGGUACAUAGGAUUUGAGAGUUUGAAAAAAUACCUCCAAUGUCAAGGUAUUAUGGGGGCCUCUACGACUGUUUUGCUGCUAGUUUCUCCGGUUAAUGUCGCUCUAAACAUCAUUUUAGUGCAUUAUACAUCACUUGGACUCUGGGGUUCUCCUGUGGCGGUGUCUAUCACUUAUUGGCUUUGUUUCAUUGUUCUUGGUGUGUGGACGAGCUUUUCCACCGCCCACAAAGAAAAUGGGACCUGGGGUGGAGUCAAUUUACUGGUUGUUCUCGAGCUUAAAAGUUGCAUCGAGUUUCUGAAGUUAGCACUUCCCGGAAUCCUUAUGGUCGGUACAGAGUGGGCGGCCUUUGAGAUAGUCGCCCUAGCUGCUGGGAGACUUGGUGAAAUUCCACUUGCUGCGCAGUCGAUCAUCAUGACUACAGACCAAAUUCUUAAUACCCUUCCAUUUGGAAUAGGUGUUGCUGCUUCUACAAGAGUUGGCAACCUCAUUGGUGCUCGAUCUCCUACCGGGGCAAAAAUUGCGGCGCAUGCUGCGGCGCUUCUCAGUGUCAUCGUAGGAACUUUUGUGAUGAUUGCCAUGAUGGCUUCCAAAGAUGUAUAUGGGCUUCUUUUUAGCGACGAUAUAGACGUUGUGAAACUUGUGAGCAAGGUAAUGCCGCUUGUGGCCUCUUUCCAAGUGGCAGAUGGUCUAGCAGGUUCAUGUGGCGGCGUCCUUCGAGGUCAAGGUCGCCAGCAUUUGGGGGCUUUUUUUAACAUUGUAGCUUACUACGUUCUUGCCCUUCCAAUGGGAAUAACUAUGGCAUUCCACCCAAAAAUCAAUCUAGGUUUAGAGGGAUUAUGGAUCGGUCAGGUAGUCGCACUCUUCUUAGUUGGACUUGGAGAGUACAGCGUCGUCUGGCUUGGUACUGAUUGGGACCUUGAAGUAGCGAAAGGAAUAGAGAGAAAUCGAGAGGAAGCUAAAAGGCAGAGGCUAGCUUCAGCCGGAAGCGAUACCUCAAUCUGA